UCGCCCGGGUGCGGCGGGCCCCACCGCUUGUUCGACCCCGGCAGCCCUUCCGUCGCCGGCCCGACCAAAAGGAGGCGGCUUCCGCGGCGGCGAGGGGAGGCCAGCCCAGAUGACGGUGGCGGCGGGGGUGGGCUACGCGCUCAUCGCGCUGGGCCCCGCCUUCUCCCUCUUCGCCGGCGUCAUCGCCAGGAAGCCCUUCCUCGUCCUCACCCUCCUCUCCAGGAAAAUGGAAGAGAUGCUAGAUGCCUUUGCUGACAGAAUAUCUAAACCGCGUCUCUGUUUGACAGACAAGAUGCUAAUCUCUUUGGCUGGUGGUUUAGGUCAUGGACUGGCUCAUGCGGUCUUUUUCUGCCUCAGCCUCCUAACUCCAGCAUUUGGUCAAGCAACAUUUUAUGUCGAGAGGUGCUCAAGGAUGCCAUUUUUCCUUGUGUCGGCAAUUAUUGCACUUGGGUUCUUGGUCAUCCAUACUUCCUCGAUGAUUAUUGCUUUUAAUGGAUAUGGAGAGAGAAAGAAGAGGGACCAAAUCUUUGUCCCAGUGGUUCACCUGAUUGCUGCUGUGAUGACAUUGAUCAACCUUGUGCCAGGGGGUUGCCUUGUCGGUACACCUUUACUGUGCGUGACGGCUGCGAUGACCUUGUACUACUCCUGGCAAGUGGUGGGGCAGAGAAUAACAGAGCACCAACAUCGACAGUCUUAACAGCUAGCGCUUUGCCUUGUGCUCGUCGCAUCGCAUGGAGUUUCCUUGUGGGCUAAUCUUUGUACUAGGACAACUGUAUGUAGAUUUAGCGGUUUCGCCAAUAGUUGACUCAUCAUCUUAUGAAAGCCCAUGCGGCCGUGAGAUAUUGACUCCCUUAUGAAAUUAUGAUGGGUUGUAUAUGGUACUUGUACUGACACGGUAUACUUGUAAUGAGAUGUUUUCAGUGCUGUCUGGUCAGGCAAGAGAUUGCCGUCAGAUUGGUGCUUGGUUCAAUUAAAUACUACUCCCUCCGUUCCAAAUUA